UUCAGCGCGGGGAAAUCAGAGGCUCUUGUGCGGAAGUCAACGUAAACAUGAACGUGAUAUCAAAGAUUCUGCGAUAGAUUGAUUCAUAAUAUCCUCCAGAAAAGACUUGACUAGGGGGACAUUAACAUCAACAUUGAAACCAUUUCGUGCAACACUGUUGGCGGAGCAGAGUAGUAGCCUACAACAAUAAUGUUGCUCUAGCCAGAAUUCACUACUGCAAUGGAGGUCGAGGUGGACGUAAUAGAGUUCAGGGUACCCAUUGAAAAUAACAAAACACUGUUUGUCUGGAAUAUUCAACCCAUAUUUUCAGAAGCUUUUAUUUACGAAUCCAUCUGGAACAUCUUCUGUAAGUUUGGACCGCUGUAUCUGGUGAAGGUGUGUCCCAAUGCUGCCGUGGUCGAGCCAGGGUUCUAUGCCCUAGUCAAGUACUUCUCCGCAGCCCAGGCAUCUAAAGCACAGAGAGCCACACACGGAAGAGGCUUUUUCCAGAGCUCUCCUUUGAAGGUAAAGCUGAGCACAAAGCAGUACCCAAACUUCCUUCACAACUCCAAGCCACUGAGCCAUAGCAAGUGUCAGGACUUGGCCAAUCACUACCUGGGAUUUAAUGGAUGGAGCACCCACAUUGUUACACUGAAGGACAUCUCCAACUGUGACAAUGCCGGCAGGUUGUCCACCACACCUGGUGACCCUCAGGAGAUUACCCUGAAGUACGGCUGCAUCAUGGAGGUCACCUUCCCACAGCAUGGCCUUAGCUGUCGAGGCGUCGGAGUGGCAGAGGAGACCGUGGAGGGCACCGGUACAGACAUUGUCCUGCUAAAAAGAGGAAAGCUCCAGAGAUGGGCCAGGGACAAAGCAGUCGUUGACGCUUUCGAGAAGGUGUUGCUGCUGGUUCUGGGUAAUGGGAAAGUUGUAGUUGAAUGCAGGAUGGAGCGAGAUAAUGUCCUACAAGACGAGGAUCUGGAAGGACUCAUAAAGGUGAAUGACAUUCCCUGGAGCCAAUUUGACCCUGACGGCCAGGAGGAGGAUGAGGAUAUACCGUGGGACCUCAGUGUCAACAUGUGACAUGUACCUGGAGACAGUUCACCUGUGUUCACCUGCACUCACUGUGUUCAAGUUAGUGCCAAACAACAACAUGGCAUUUCCUGUUACUUUUAGAAGAAUGUACCUGAGAAAUUGUAUUUGUUUUGUGGAAAAUACCUUUUGUAAACUGUAUUUCUUGACGUACUACUACAGGAUAUAACAUGCUUUUGAAAUUCUGUGAAUGUUUAUGAACUUUUGACAACUCAAUAUUUUAUUAAAAGCACAAGUUCUUCUCUC